AUGAACAUCAUAACAAUACAAGCGCUUAGAAAAACGUCGUCGUUGCCUAAGACUUUAAAAACAUUGCUUCUAAGCCUGGCUGUGUCUGAUCUGGGUGUGGGCUUACUUGUCCAACCACUGUACGUUGCAACUCUUGCGAUUAAAAUAGACCAAAACACAAACAGCACCGCUUAUCGUGGUGAUGCAGUAAACAACGCGUAUGUAAUCCAGAAAAAAACAUUUGUCUUGGCUUCGCAUUUUGGUGUUUUUGCAUUAACUGUUGACAGAUUCUUGGCAAUCCAUCUUCAUCUCAGAUACCAGGAACUUGUAACUCACAAACGUGUUGUUGCUGUUGUGAUCUCAGUCUGGGUGUUAAGUGCAUCAAUUUCCAUCUUAAGUGGGUGGCAAGAUUUUUUUAUUGGGGGAGCAGUCAUUGUAGUUGUUUGUUUAAUAACUACAGGAUUGCUUUAUUGCAAAAUAUACGCAGCCGUGAGACACCACACAACUCAGAUUCACACUCAAGUACAACAAGUACAACAAGCGACACAGAAUGAAGAUAUGGCAAAUGCUGCAAGGCUGAAAAAAUGUUCACUGGCUACAUUUCACAUUUAUUUGGUGUACUUAGCUUGCUAUUUGCCAAUAGCUUGUGUUGUUCUUGCCAAGAUCAAUGGUAAAACUGCCUUGUAUUUCACAUUGGUGACUCUUGUGUAUCUUAAUUCAUCCCUCAAUCCCUUGAUCUACUGCUGGAAGAUGAGACACAUUCGACAAACUGUUAUGAAUAUACUUCGAAAUAUUUUUGCGAUUGGUCCGCAUUAAAGAAAGGAUUUAACUCAGAAUAACUUGGGCUUUUUUCCCUCCGGUGAAAAAAGAAGCUUUUCAGCAAUACAGUCGGGAAAAUGACACUAAAUAUCAAAGGGAUCUGAAACCUCUUGUACUUUCUAUUUGAAAGGCAAAGAGAUAAAUAUAUGAUCGAGUAUAAUUUCAUGAGAUUUUACUGAGUUUGCUUUAGAAUAAUUAACAGAUGACGGGAACUCUGAAAUACUACUUAAUAUCAAAGUCAGAAAGAGGGUAAAAAAGCUAAGUGGUCUAGGAAAAAUGACGAGUGACUUGAUAAAUAGAGGGCCGAGUUUUCCAAAUUUGCGAUGGUCAGGAAGAUCUGUGUACAGGAAAGGGUCUUAAAAAGUUUACUAGAUUUUGUUAACCAUGGUGCACGCAAUAAAAAAAGAAGACUAGUUACUAAAGAGGAGAGAGAUCAGAAUUUUAUCACUAAGUCUUUCAUACUGAAUUCACCAAGAGUGGCGAAAAAAUUUGCCGAUAUAACAACAGCAACAACAACACAAUAAUAAUGAUAAGAAGAACAACACAGCCUAUUUGCUGAGAAAGACGAAAACUAGUAGUUUAUACUGUUGAGAAUAUAUAUUACAAUACUUGUAAUUAAUUCAUAUAAAUAAAGUUCACGUGAAAAAGAAAAAAUGUUUUGAAGAAUGGCAAAAAUAUACCAUUUAAUCAGGUUUUUUUUUUUUAAUUUUUAAACUUUCUAAUAAGAUCACUCCAUUUGAAAGUUUCAGACUGGGAGAGAAAGAGCUAGUUAAGAGCGAGUCCAAAAAAGUGAUUAUAGUAACCAAUGAUGUACAAAAGGACAACAGCAAAUAAAAAUAAAUAAACAUACAAAAUUGUAAUCUUUCCACGAUUCUUAAACUAAAAUGUGUUUUCUCCUACACAUUGUUUUUCCUGUUCGGUGGUUACGAGCGCUAUUUCAUAAUCAUGAAAGUUCCCCUACAAUUUCUGUUUCAAGGGAGGGAGGGAGGAAAAGUAUGCUCUUGUCAUUUAGAAACUUUUAACCGCAAAGAAAAACACAGUACAUGCACACUACAUACACGCUUAAGUUUAUUUUUUUGGUCCACAAUGUAAACUUCUGGGUCUACCUGAGUAAAUGUGCCAGCCAAUAAAGUCUAAUUUUCUUACUACCUACAUUAAGCAAAAGCUAUUCGAGUCAGGCAGUGUAAGAAGGCUAAUUACUGUUACGUUUUAUCCAAAAACCCAUUAUACCUUUGCGUUACGUUUACUUGUAUAAGGAAAACAGAAAAAAAAUUGUUUAUUUACUACGCAUUAAACUGCGCGCAAUGAUGAAUUUCUUUUUUUAAUAUUAAACCGAAGAAAGUGGAACAAAUAACGACUCUCUGCAUUUAUUAGCUACCUCAGAUGAGUUUGAUUACAACGAACUAUUAAGUUAAUAAAGCACAAGUAUAUUGUUUUCUGAUCAAUUGUGACUGGUUAAACUUUGACACACAAGACAGCAUGAUUUGUUAACUAACUACCUACUGUGUCUUUGUUUUAACACCCUAGCUAGUAAGCUUUUUUUAUGGAUAAUACGUUUCUUCUCUUAACUCCUCAGACUCGUCGUAGAUCGUAGUUUAUCAAAAGAUGUGCUUAUUUUUUGCUUGGGUCCAGCAAAUACGUUGGAUUGAUCUCCGACCUGAUAGUUGGCUUUUCCUCUAAACCAUUGUUAAACUCUUGCUUAGCGAUUCAUUGCAACCAGCUGCCGUUUCUACUUUAAUAUUGCGUCAGUAGUUUCAAUAUCUUCCUUUCUGACUGACGAACUCCAACACUUAGAAAGCUCAACCUAUCGCGUUUCGCUUAAAAUGAAAAUGAACUCAAAUUAAUUGUGUGAUGAGGACGUCAUAUUCAAAUUCUUAAUUCCAGGCUCUGUUAAAAAGACACAGUUUUAAUUUCAAGCAAGUGAAUAUUUCAGAUGUUAUGAGAGCGACUUGGGGGACUUGUUUAUACUGUUGUCGCAGACUCAACAGUUCGCACUUUAAUCCAGUUUUCAUCGGAGGAAAAAUAGUGGAACACUGAGAACUCUUGGGGACUGUUCAGUUAGUCUCGAGAAUUUCAGUCCCAUCCAAAAAAAAAAAAGACACCUGCAGAACUCUUCAAAAGUUCUCUACAAAAACAGAAGCUUAAGACUUAAAGUACUGAAACAGAAACUAAAAGUACUGUUAAUGCAAUGACGUAAACUAGAGGUUUGUAUCCGACACUUGUCGCUAACUGCAUCGUUAACGCUUUUUUGUCUUACACCGCCACCGUGUUGAACAUUAUAACAAUACAAGCGCUCAGAAAAACGUCGUCACUGGCAAGACCUUUAAAAACACUGCUCCUUAGUCUAACGGUUUCGGAUCUUGGUGUUGGCCUACUUGUUCAACCACUCUACAUUGCACUACUCGUGGCGUUCAUAACUGAACCAAACACUAGCAAUAGUACUCAUGUUACAUCCCUAUUUAUUGUGUUCGUAGCCAUCGCUAAUUUAUUAGGUUGCGCUUCGUUCUUUGGUGUUGCUGCUUUAGCCGUUGACAGAUACUUAGCUAUUCAUCUUCAUCUCAGAUACCAGGAACUUGUUACGCACAAGCGUGUUGUUAUUGCCGUGAUCUUAAUAUGGGUGUUCAGUGCAGCUACUAUCUUCCUGUUUUCGAUUUCGAUAAACGUUCGUUUCAUUUUUUCCACAACUACUGGAGCUUUAAUUUUUGCAACUGGAGGAUUGCUUUAUUGCAAGAUAUAUGCCGCCGUACGACACCACACAAACCAGAUUAACGCGCUGUAA